AUGUCUCUCUGGGUCGACAAGUACCGACCGAAAGCUCUGGAUAACUUGCAUUACCAUGAGGGUCUCUCGGCGCGACUCAAAUCACUGGCCUCAUCUGGAGACUUUCCUCAUAUGCUUUUCUAUGGUCCUUCGGGCGCGGGAAAGAAAACAAGGAUCAGUGCGACAUUAAGACAACUUUAUGGUCCGGGUGCGGAGAAGCUCAAGAUCGACCAGCGUGUCUUUAUGACUCCUUCAAGGCGGCGACUGGAUCUGAACGUCGUGCAGAGCAACUUCCACAUCGAGAUCACGCCCAGCGAAGUUGGCAAUUAUGAUCGGGUAGUCAUACAAGAGCUGUUAAAGGAGAUUGCGCAGACACAACAGGUUGACCUGAAUGCGAGGCAACGGUUCAAGGUCGUCGUCAUCAACGAAGCCGACUCGCUUUCUCGGGACGCCCAAGCUGCCCUACGUCGAACCAUGGAAAAGUACAUGUCAAACAUGCGUAUCAUACUCUGUGCGAACUCGACGUCACGCCUCAUUGCACCUAUCAAGUCCCGAUGUUUACUGGUACGUGUCGGCGCUCCCAGUGAAGAAGAGAUGAUGCGCGUACUGGCACACGUGGCUAAAGGAGAGGGGUUUGAUCUUCCGCCAGAUGCAGCCGCCGAAAUCGCUAGGGAUGCGAAUGGGAACCUUCGCAAGGCUCUACUGGUACUGGAGGCGCUGAAAAUGCAGUCACCCGACUUGUCAGGGCCGCUAUCCAUAGCAAAACCAGAUUGGGAGACGUACUGCCACAAGGUCGCGGACAUGAUCGUACAAGAGCAGAGCCCGCAACGCGUGAUGGACGUUCGGGCCAAGUUCUAUGAGCUCUUGAGCCAUUGUAUACCGCCGACGGUCAUCUUGAAGACGGUUGCAGAUCGGGUAGUAGAGCGCGUGGACGAAAGCUUGAAGGCGGACAUAAUGCAUUGGGCAGCGAUAUACGAGACCCGAAUGCGAUUAGGGCAGAAGAAGAUUUUCCAUCUGGAAGCAUGGGUGGUAAAGGUGAUGAGCUUGUAUAAGCAUUCGAUGUUCAAUUUCGAUAUGAGCGAGUUUGAUUGAUUUUUCCGGGACCAUUGCAUAUCCCCAUUGUAUCCUUAGAUCGCCAUUUAUUACGCGGUACACGAAGCUCGCUGUGACGCAAGUCCGCAACAUCUACAUCGUCGUUAGAAUGGUGUCAUGAGGUUCCCUCAUACUCCUCGUCCACUGCAGAGAGGAAGUCGAGCAUAAAUUGAUGCCUCCGUUGCCCGCGCCGUUUUCCCUCCUUGGUCUUCAGUCUUGAGAUGACGUGUAGGAGCUUGUCGUGGAAGUGCGCAAUUGAUGACUCCUCGUGCAUGGGAUCGUUCGGAGGCGUGUGCAGCGGCCUUUUGACAGCGCACGAGAAUGCGGCGCAACGCAUGACACCGAAGGCGCCGAUGGCGUCAAGCCGGUCAGCGUCCUGUACGCAAUGGAGCUCGACACAGUUCUCGUGCCAUUGUGUCCAUCCACUCGGUUCCAUCGCCCUGAGCUUCCUCUCUGUCGUCCAGCUCACGCUUUCUACGAUUUUAGUGAUCGUUCUUGCCCUCCCGUCCGCGAUGAAGUCCAACCCGGCGAGAUCGGCGUUGCCCGUCUCUUCGUUUGUACCUGGCUGGACGCGAGAGAUCUCGACCCAUUCACGGAAGUAGGGCAAGAAAAAGGUGUACGCGUCGACGUCUUUCUGAUCUACUGGGAGGUACUUCUUGUCCAAAACGUCGUGCAGGAGAGCUGCGAGUUCGAUAACCAGGAGAUCAGGCGUGGGCGUCAUCGAGCACGCCAGCGAAAGCGCUGUUUUUCGCACGCG